AGUUUAAAAGAUUAUUUAUGGAGAAUCCACGGCGCGGCAGAGGUCACGCUCGUGGGCCAAACCCUCCUCUUCCUCGUCAAAUACAACCACAAUUUCGAGGACCUCGACCAAAUCAGCAAGAAAUUAGACCACCGAGAGUUGAAGAUGUUGGACAAAUAGCGAAUAGAAUCAAUAACUUGGAAAGAGGAAAUGGGCCAAUGUUAAAUGAUAGAGCUGCAAUUCGAGGUCGUCCACCUAUAGAAAAUGGGUAUUUUAGGUUAGAGAGACCAGCAUCUUCACAAAUGUUUUAUGGAAAACUCGGUUCAAGAAGUCAAUUUAUUCCAUUAAUAUCAAAUUAUUUUCCAAUUACAACUCCCACAGAUUGGAGUUUAUACCAGUAUAGAGUUGAUUUUAACCCUGUACAAGAUAGAAUAAACAUUCAAAGAGGGUUAUUAAGUACACAUAAAAAGUUUUUGGGAGCAUAUAUUUUUGAUGGAACAAUGUUGUUUAGUAUAAAAAAAUUUGAAUCUGACACUACAGAGCUGAUAUCAAAACGAAACACAGAUGACCAAACAGUUAUAAUUACUUUAAAGUUUACAUCAGUCAUUGAAAAUGAUGAUUAUGCUUUUAUUCAAAUUUUUAAUUUAUUGAUACGUCAUUGCCUUAGUCAUUUGAAGUUGACACUAGUUGGAAAAAAUUACUAUGACGCAGAUGCAAAAAUUAAUAUUCCAAAUCAUAAACUUCAACUUUGGCCAGGUUAUGAGACUAAAUUUGGAAUUUUCGAUUGUGGUCUAUUAUUGCGGUCAGAAAUUUCAACUAAAGUUAUAAGAGAAGACACUGUUCUAGAUUUGUUAAUAGAAUGUUCAAAUAAUAGAAACAGAGACCCUAAUUGGAUGAUUACUUUUAAAAUGUCCGUUAUAGGAAGUAUAGUUCUAACUAAAUUUAAUAACAAGACUUAUCGAAUUGAUGAUAUAGAUGAGGAGUCAAAUACUCGAUCAACAUUCCUUAAACAAGACGGAUCUAGUAUAUCUUUUAUAGACUAUUAUAAAGAAAAAUAUGGAAUAAAUAUCAGCAAUCAACAACAACCAAUGUUGAUUUCAAAAAAAAAGAUGUCUUUUAGAAAUGAAGGCAUGGAAACAGAGUUAGUGUAUUUAGUUCCUGAAUUAUGUAUUAUGACUGGAAUAACUAAUAAGAUGAGCAAGAAUAGACAUCUCAUGCAGGAUUUAGCACAGUAUACAAGAGUGAAUCCUACAAAAAGAAUCAUCAAGUAUAAUAAUUUUAUUAAACGGGUACUAACUACGCCUAAGUCUUUAGAUUCAUUAAAAGAGUGGAAUUUAACAUUGAGUAAUAAACUCAUUACAGUUUUUGGCCGUGUAUUACCACAACAAGAUCUUUACGGCGAUAAUCACAUAUAUCCAGCUGGUUAUAACGGUGAUUGGUCAGCAAACUUACGUUCUUCACCCAUGUGUAUUAUGGCUAAAAUACCAUGUUGGACUAUAGUAACUCCGCGUAUCUGGAGUUCUGAUGUUGGGCAAUUUACGAAUACUCUACUUAGGGUAGCAAAUAACUUGGGUUUUCCAUUACAAAGACCGAGAAUAGUUGAAAUUGAGGAUAUACAUAUUAGAACGUAUUCGGUUCAUUUGGAUCGCAUAAUAAAUGAAUUGAACCCAUCAUUUAUUUUAUGCGUCAUUAAAUCAUCUCGUAAUGAUCUUUACAGUAUGAUUAAAAGAAAGUUAUGUGUUACGAGAGCAGUUCCAUCUCAAGUUGUGUUGUUGAAAAAUGUACAAAAAAACAAAAUGUCAGUUUGUACCAAAAUUGUCAUACAAAUUAAUUGUAAACUAGGAGGAGCGCCAUGGCGUGUUGUUAUCCCUGAACCGGGUAUGAUGAUACUUGGUUUUGACAUUUUCCAUGAUAAAAAAAGCGGAAAAAAACCUUAUGGUGCAUUAAUAGCCACAAUGAAUGACAGUCACACUUCUUUUUUCAGCUGUGUUGAUCCAUUUGAAAGUGAACAAGAACUUCUAUCAAAUUUUGGAAAUAGUAUAUAUAAGGCUCUAAGUAAUUAUAGAGAGAAAAAUCAUAAGCUUCCUAAUACCAUUGUCAUAUACAGAGAUGGCGUGGGAGAUGGACACCUAUCAAACGUCCAUAAAAUUGAAGUCGAAUUGGUAAAGAUAAUAUGUGAAGAGUUCUACGCGGAUAAAAAAGUUGGUCUGGCCUUUAUUAUAGUUAAUAAACGUAUCAGUACAAGAUUUUUUUAUGACAUUGAAAGAGAAGGAGGAAGAGAAAAUUAUCAAAAUCCACCAGUUGGAACAGUUGUUGAUAGUAGUGUCACUAACCCAACUAUGUAUGAUUUCUAUCUGGUAUCUCAGCAUGUAACCAAUGGAACAGUUACGCCAACUCACUAUAAUGUAAUUCUAGAUACUCUCAGUGAAACUGCUACUAUACCAAUUACACCCAAUGAUAUGCAACAACUUACUUAUAAAUUAACUCACAUGUACUACAAUUGGACGGGCACUAUAAGAGUUCCUGCUGUAUGUCAACUGGCACACAAAUUAGCAUUUUUGGCUGGACAGACACUUCAAAGUAAUCCAAAUCCUGGUUUGGAAGAUUUACUAUACUUUUUAUAAGUUUUUUCACUGGCCACUAGAUAUAGACUUAAAUCCAAUACAUUUUAAAUUUGAAUACAUUUUUUUUUCACUUUUUGGUUAAGGUAUAUAUUAUUAUUGUCAAAUUUGAGUAGACUAAAAAUUUUAACAAAAUAAUCAAUUUAAAUUAAAAUUUACAAAUUAUUAAAUUAUUGUACAAUGUGGUUCCUUCUCAGUUAAUGUUCUGCCACGGUAUAGAAGGUAUCUUCUAUACCGUCGUUCUGCAACAAAAUGAAUUAUUAUACCUUUACUGCA